AUGUUUAAUGCUGCUGGAACGUCUCAAAAAAUGCCCAACACCCGGAACAUGCCAGCUCAUGGCUCCGGCGCUAAGGCCUCCAAAAAUCUUCCGGUCGACGAAUUCAUCAAGAUGUCAGUGAACCGCUCUCUGGAGAGGUUUCGCUACAGUGACGAGAAAGAGAUGGAAUUUCCAUCCUCCUUUUACGGUGCUGAGAGGGCAUUUGUUCAUCAAGCGGCAAAGUCCAUGGGCUACAUUUCCAAGAGCACAGGAAAGGGAUCCAGUCGCUUCUUGACCGUGAAGAAGAGGGAUGUUUCAGACAAACCACCAAACAUCUCCCUUUCAAUCUCCCACAGUUCUUUGUAUACCGUCUACAGUCUCCUUCAGAGGUUUCCCAUCAACAAGAAGGAAUGUGCAGACAUGCAGCCCAGAAGCAGCAUGAGCUCGGCUACAGAAACUGAACACACUUACGACAAGAACAGGGCAUGUGGGGGCUUAAACAACGGCAUUCCUAUGGUCCCUCAGAAGAGGACUCCAUCAGAACUGGACAAGUUUCGGUGCUCUCUGCCUGCGCAUAAACAUCGAGAAGAGAUUGUCAAACUGAUCAGAGAAAACCGAGUAGUAAUUGUUGUGGGAGAGACCGGCUCUGGAAAAACUACCCAGAUCCCACAGUUUUUGUUGGAGGACUGCAGCGAGAAUGGUCAGCCCUGCAGGAUGUUCUGCACGCAGCCCAGACGCCUGGCUGCUAUCGCUGUGGCUGAGAGAGUGGCAGCUGAGCGAGGGGAAAGCGUGGGUCAGACCAUUGGCUAUCACAGCCGACUGGAGAGCAUGACCUCUCCGAUGACACUGUUGACGUUUUGCACAAGUGGAGUCCUCCUCAGAACAUUGAUCCCAGGAGACCUCAGCCUUACUGUCACUCAUGUCAUCCUGGAUGACGUGCACGAGCGUGACAGUCUGACUGACUUCCUGCUCACCAAGAUGAGGGACCUGCUUCAGAAGAUCCCCACACUCAAACUGAUUCUCUCCAGCGCAGCUCUGGAUGUAGACCCAUUACGUCAGUACUUCAGCUCCUGCCCUGUUAUCUAUCUUGAAGCAAGUAAUUUUGGCGUCAAGGAGUAUUUUUUGGAAGACAUUUUGAAGCUGACGGGCUUUAGCAGAAUGGAUGUGAUCCAAUAUAAGGAAGAGGCACAGAAAAAGGAGAGAACGCGGAGACGUCUGAUGGAUUGGUGUGAGGCAGUGGAGACCAGCCUCAUAGAUGGGGGGAAAUAUCGCAGCUGUCUUUUAGCUCCAGGCCUCCAUGCCAAUGCUUGUGUAGAUGGAUAUAACCCGGUCACCAGCCACCUGGAACUGUGGCUGGUGAGGGAAACGGACUCCUGCAUUGCUAACAUUUUCCUCCAUGAGGCCCGGGAUGUUUUUGGUCAGCUCUUCCACAACCUCCUCCACGAACCUGUUCACGUGGACUACACACACAGUGGGACAGGGUGCACGGCUCUGAUGGCGACAGCAGUGCGAGGAUUCCUUCCACAAAUACAGCAGCUACUCAGCAUGGGUGCUGACAUCAAUAUGAAGGCAGUUAACGGAUGGACUGCCUUAGACUUUGCCAAACACUUCAAGCAAGCUGAAGCUUUGGAUCUGCUCAGUUCUUCCAUACCUUUAGGGGAAAGGAGCAACCCGGAGGAGUCAGCGUUGUCACAGAGUGGCACCGCAGAGCUGGGCCUCGAAGAGCAGGAGCUGCUCAAACAGUACCACCACAGCUUCGAUGGUCAGAGGGUGGAUAACGAGCUCAUCAUGACUCUGCUCCGCAACAUCUGCAGCACUGGCACUGAAGGGGCUGUCCUUAUUUUUCUUCCUGGAUAUGAUGAAAUAGUCUCCCUCAGGAACCACAUCCUGUAUGACGACAAGAUAUUCUCCACACACCCAGAGAGUUUCCAGGUGUUCACGCUACAUUCAGACAGGCAGACUAUGGAUCAGAAAAGAGUCAUGUUGCCCACUCCGCCUGGCGUCAGGAAGAUUAUUCUUUCCACUAACAUGGCUGAAACAAGCAUCACCAUCAGCGAUGUGGUUUUUGUUAUUGAUUCGGGAAAAGUCAAAGAGAAGUCCUUCGAUACGCUCAGUCGCGUUUCCGUGUUCAAGACGGCUUGGAUCUCCAAGGCCAGAGUUCUGCAAAGGAAAGGAAGAGCCGGGCGAUGUUGUCCAGGGUUCUGCUUCUACCUCUACAGUCGUCUCACGUUCAACAACAUGCUGGAGUUCCAGGUUCCACAGCUGCUGCAGAUGCCACUGCAGGACCUUUGUCUGAAAAUCAAGCUGCUUGCUCCUCCUUCUUGUCUGGUUGCUGAAUUCUUGUCCAAAGCUCCGCAGCCGCCUCCAACACAUGUGAUCCAGAGUGCUGUGCAAAUGCUAAAAACAAUAGAUGCUCUGGGCCAGAACGAAGAGCUGACUGAUCUGGGAUACCACCUGGCUGAUUUACCUGUGGAGCCCCAUCUGGGCAAGAUGGUGCUCUGUGCUGUCAUUCUGAAGUGUCUUGACCCCAUCCUCACUAUUGCCUGUUCUCUGGCCUAUCGGGACCAUUUUAUUCUUCCCUCGGAGAGCUCUCAAAAAAAUGCAGCUCUACAGCGCCGUAAACGUUUCACUUCCAACACCUUCAGCGACCACAUGGCCCUGCUCAGAGCUUUCCAGGCUUGGCAGAAAGCUCGCCGUGAUGGCUGGGAGAGAUCUUUCUGUGAGACAAACUUCUUGUCCCAAGCUACCAUGCACAUGAUCCUUGGUUUGAGGACACAAGUCAUAGGACAUCUCCGUGCUAUUGGUUUUGUGCGGGCUCGUGGGGCCUGCGACAUCCGUGACGUGAAUCAGAACUCUGAAAACUGGGCUAUUGUAAAGUCGGCGUUGGUGGCCGGCAUGUAUCCAAACCUUAUCCAUGUCAACAAGGACACGUUCCUGCUCCCCAGAAACAGAGAAAGGAAUCUUCUCUUCCAUUCUACAUCUGUUCUGAGCCAAUUUCAGUUAAAGGAGAACAGCUCUGUCGAAGCAGCCCAGGCUCACCCCGAAGCAGCCCAGGCUCUCCCCACAGAGUGGAUAAUCUACGACGAGAUGAGCAGAGGUCGCAGGACGGCGAGUGUUCGCUGCUGCACCCUGGUCACUUCUGCCACGGUGGCCAUAUUUGCAGGUUCUGCCAAAUCUUUCUGCACCGCCGUCCACGAACCAACUGAACAGAGACAGAAUGAGAAUGAGCUCAGUGACAGUGACAGUGACACAGAGGACCUGGUGGAGAUGAAGAUAGAUGACUGGCUUGUCUUUGAGUUGGAGAAACAGGCUGCAGGACUGGUGUCUGGUCUGAGGCAGAAGUGGCAAAGUUUGUUCAUGAGGAGGAUCCGUUGUCCCUCCAAACCCUGGUCUCAACAGGAUGAGGCCAUCCUCCAGACCUUAAUAUCUGUACUAGGGGCAGAGGAGAUGGAGGCUGGCCUGCAGCAGCCCACAGGGAUUGGUCAGCGGCCCAUACCCAUGUCUACAGAGGACAUCCCACAGAGCUCUGUGAGGAACUUCAAGGACAGCCCCAAGCUUCCCACCAACACCACAAACGACAAGUAG